UUAUUGUAUAGCGUACGAGAGUUACUUUUAUAUGCCUUUUGUUUUACACUAUACUUUCGACAAUCUAUCUUCUACAUAUGUAUUUUGCAAUGUUCUAUAAUCGUGUGACUAAUAACGCGAUAGUGCUUCUUUUUUUCAGCUGAUAAAAAGUGAUCUUGAAUAAAAGAAUGAUUCAUUCCAGCAGUAAAUGCCGUGAAAGGCAUAUCAUCUCUCUUUUUACUGUUUAUUGAAUCUCUCAUCUAUACAAUGAGGUUGGUUGGAAUCGUAUAUUUGCUAUAUUUUUACGGUCUCGAUGUGGUGCCAGCAGAUAUGGUCUUUGAUCCAAUUACGUUCAUGAAGGGAUUAAUAUCGCCUAAUAGGAAACGAUCGAGCAACGCCAAAUUUAAUCCUGAUGUUAUUCUUAACACGCUGGAGAUGAUUAGAAGAGCAGGUUAUCCCGCAGAGGCUCACGUUAUAAUGACGGAGGACGGCUAUCUUUUGACAUUACAUCGUAUCCCAGGUAGAAACGAUUCUGUACCAGUACUGCUACAGCACGGUCUUUUAGGCAGCUCCGCCGAUUGGGUUAUUCUUGGUAAAGGCAAAGCACUCGUUUAUUUAUUAGCGGACCAAGGAUACGAUGUCUGGUUGGGAAAUUUUCGUGGUAAUACCUACUCUAGGGCGCACAUUUCCCUAUCUCCGUCGAAUUCGACAUUUUGGGAUUUUAGCUUUAACGAACUCGGCAUCUACGAUUUACCCGCGAUGAUUACAUUUAUCACCAACAUGCGAUCGCAACCGUUGCACACGUACAUUGGUCAUUCUAUGGGCACAACUACUUUUUACGUGAUGGCAUCAGAACGUCCGGAAAUCGCUCGAAUGGUGCAAAUGAUGAUCAGCCUCGCGCCGACAGCCUUUGUAAGCCACAUGCAAAGCCCGAUACGAUUCUUGGUUCCCUUUUGGAAAGGGCUUAAGAGAAUGGUACAAUUUUUCUUUCAUGGCGAAUUUCUGCCGAGCGAUUUUGUAAGAUUACUUGCAAAGUACGGCUGCACCCACGGUUUCACCAAGAAUAUCUGUGCCAAUAUAAUUUUUACGAUAUUCGGUUACGACUACAAGCAAUUUAAUUACGCCCUAGAGCCUGUCAUCGUGAGUCACGAUCCCGCCGGCACUUCGGUUAAGAUGAUAGCACACUAUGUUCAGGCACUUCAAACAGGCAAGUUUCGUAAAUAUGAUUACGGUCAUGCGAAAAAUCUAUUGAUCUAUCACUCGGUGGAACCUCCGAGCUACAAAUUAGCGAACAUCACUGUACCAAUCGCGUUGCUCUACUCCGCCAAUGACUGGUUAAUCAGUAUAGAGGAUGUAAGGAGAUUAUAUCAUUUACUGCCCAACGUAGUGGAUAUGUAUGAGGUAUCGUGGCCCAAGUUUAAUCACGUAGACUUUUUAUGGGCCAAGGAUGCGCCAAAACUCGUGUACGAAAGAGUUCUCAAGAUCAUGAAGAGAGAGAAUUUAAAUAUUACGUCAAAUGUUACGUAAAAAUAAUGAUCAUCGUCAAUCAUAUAUAUUACUGAAGGUAUAUGUUACUAAAAUGUGUAACAUCCAACUUUCAUAUGUGUCUUUUCCGUAUCUUUUUCUUCCAGUAAAAAUAAUAAAAGUUCAUUUUAAUAUAAUAAUAUAAAUAGGAUAUAAAAUGCAGUUUUACGCAUAUGUUCGCGUAUUUUUUGCUUCUUUGUCGUUAACAUGCAUAUUCCGCUACUCCAAAUGGCACUCGAGUUAUCUGUUUCGUUUCCAUCAUUCAUGGAUGAGAUUAAUUGGAAUUUUAUAUCUGUCAUUUUGCGGACAUCUCAUUGCGACGCUGGCUGAAACGUCAAAAACACUCAUAAACACUACUGAAAUGAUUGACAACGGAUCCAAUUUUGACAGUGUCAUCAAUUUGGCAGUAUAUUUAUCUAUAAAAACGAGGAUUAAAAUCUAUUAUUAUUUCUGACAAUGAAAGAUCUUUAAUGUUUGUCAAAAGAAAAUGAUCAUAUGACCUUGUUAUUUUCACAUGUAAUAAAAUUGGUUUUCAACAUAAUUUUUAUAAAGCUUCAGAUUUAUUAUUAUUUUAUAAAAGGCAGAUAACAAAAACAUAGCUAUUAAAAUAAUAGAAAUGUAUAGUAUAAAGAGUGAUUCGGUACAGAUUAAAUUUCAAUUUACAUAAUAAGGGAAGUCGAGUACAAUAACUUAUAAAAAUAUUUUUUCAAGAAUCUGAAGAAGUUGUACCGUGCACUGAUCAGCAGAAUCUGCAGUGAAUGAAAUUGAGAACCGUAUUCCAUUUAUUCCUUUUUAGAUUAUAUAUGAGUAAAGGAUGCGCUAAAACUCGUAUAUGAAAAAAUUUAUGAAAAGACAAGAAGAGAGAACUUAAAUAAUAAAAACAAAUGUUACAGCGAUAGAAUAAUGUUAUGUUAAAAUAAUAGAUGGAUGUUAAGCUUUAAUAAUAGAUAUGCUCGAGGUAAUCCUUAAUUAACUGUAAUCGUUAAUUAAUUCAAUAAAACAUAAAUCUAUGAAA